AUGUCUGAUAAAGAAUUCAGACAGGGCGUUUUGAAGCUACAACAAUUACUAGGUGAACUAAACUACGUUAGGUACAAAUGCAGAUAUGACAUUGAAUUUGCUGUUAAAAAGGUAGCUAGAUUGGUAAACUACCCUCAUGAACAGGUUUUCUACAUGAUCUACAAAAUAAUUCAAUAUCUCGCACGGCAUAAAAACAUUGGAAUACACUAUGAUCGGGAUCUUGAUAAAGACAAGAAAAUUAUCGGUAUUACAGAUGCUUCAGUGGGUUCAGAAUAUGAUGCACAAUCAAGAAUUGGAGUUAUAAUACGGUACGAAAGGAAUAUUCACAAUGUUUAUUCCAAUAAAAGCACAAAUAGAUGUUUGUUCUCAACUGAAGCAGAACUUCAUGCAAUCUAUGAAGGUUAUGCAGACUCAGAGACACUGAAGGCAACCUUAACAGAACUAGGAGAAGGAGAUAAUAGAAACAUUGUCAUGAUCACUGACUCGAAACCCUCUAUUCAAAGUUUAAACCGUAGUUAUCAACAACCUAAAGAAAAAUUCACUUGGAUAAAAACGGAAAUAAUAAAAGAGAAAAUCAAGGAGAAGGUUAUAAAACUGUUAAAAAUCACUGGCAAAGAAAACAUUGCAGAUUUACUUACAAAACCAGUAUCAAUCUCUGAUUUUGAAAGAUUCAUAAAAGUAUUGAAAAAUCAGAUAACAUCACAGGAUAUUUUGGUCUCAACACAGCGGAUAUCUGUUGAAGUACAAUAA